CUGACCCUCUGUUGCAUUACCUGAUGGAACGUUGGGUCUGAGAAAGACUGUAGCAUGGCUGUCUACCUGUACCUACUUAAAGAUGCCUUGCCUGCACGAGGCGCACAACCCGGAUCUGGGAAAGGCAAGCCUGGCGACAGGUUCUUUUGAACAUUUGUCGCAAGCCUGAAAAAUACUGAAAUACAACAUUUCAAGACAUCUUAGCGGUCAUGGGUAUCAUCGGCCGAAGAGAAGAGUUCUCAGGCGAUGAUCGCCUGAGCAAGAUUUCCGAGGCAGAUCCCAAACCAUGGUACAAGAAACCAAACUUGAGGUUGCUGUACCUCAUCCUCGUCCCCACUGGCCUUGGAGUGGAAUGGACUUCGGGUUUCGACUCUUCCAUGAUGAACAGUCUUCAAGCGGUACCAUCAUGGGUCGCAUACUUUGACAACCCUACGUCCGCACGUCUCGGGCUUCUCAACGCCAUGUACUCGCUCGGCGCCAUCAUGGCCGUCCCCUUUGUCCCGACUAUUUCCCAAUGGCUUGGCCGCCGCUGGACCAUCGUCGCUGCUUCGCUUGUCAUGUGCUUGGGCGCAGGACUCCAGACAGGUGCUGUCAAUCAAGACAUGUUUCUGGCCUCGCGGUGGGUCCUGGGGUUCGGUAUCCCUUUUGCAAUCGUCAACGCAUCCUCGAUGCUAGGGGAGUUGAGCUAUGAUAAGGAGAGGCCUAUCAUGACUUCGCUCUUCAACGCGUCUUGGUUUGUCGGUGCAAUUAUCGCAGCUGGCACAACAUAUGGAACAUUUAAGAUGAACACAACGUGGGCAUGGCGUCUGCCUUCGCUGUUGCAGCUGGUCCCUUCCAUGUGCCAGAUAAUCUUCAUGCCCUUCUGUCCCGAGUCACCACGCUGGCUGAUAUCAGUCGACCGUGCCGACGAGGCCUACGCCAUCCUGCAGAAGUACCACAGUGAGGGCGAGGAUGGAGAGGAGUUUGCGCGCCUUGAGUUUGCGCAGAUUCAGUCCACCAUUGCGCUCGAGAAGGAGACGGCUUCCAGGUUCGUCUGGGCCGAUGUCAUCCGCGACGCCCCGAUGCGCCGGCGGUUCCUGCUCGCCGCCAUCAUCGGCGUCUUCACACAAUGGUCCGGGAACGGCCUGCUGAGCUUUUACAUGAAGAAAAUCCUCAACUUGGUCGGUAUUAAUGACAACGAUACGAUCCAAAAGUUCAUCCUCGGCAACACGUGCUGGGGAUUCAUCAACGCUGUCCCCAUUGCCCUCAUUGCCCCUCGUUUCCCGCGCCGUCGAAUGUUCCUCAUCUGCACCAUCGGAACCGCUUGCGUCUAUACGGCCUGGACGGUGGCCUCUGCGCGCUUUGACAUAACCCAGGACCCGGCGGCUGCCAUCCCGGUGCUGGUCUUUAUUUUUGUCUAUUCACCCUUUUACAAUAUCGGGUGGAAUGCUUUGGCUUACACCUACAUGGUUGAGAUAUUCCCGUACGCCCAGCGCGCCAAGGGAAUCGCCCUGGAGCAGGCGACGGUUCGCCUCUCAGUUUUUUUUAAUACGUACGUUAACAGCCUAGCGCUAGAUAGCAUCCGCUGGCGCUAUUAUAUCGUCUAUUGCGUCUGGAUUUUGGUCGAGAUCGCGACUGUCUACUUCCUGUUCCCCGAGACCCACGGCCGUACGCUGGAAGAGCUAUCGUUUAUGUUCGAAGGCAAGGAGGCUCAGGCGCGUGUGAUCAGUGGGGUUGAAAAGAUCGUGCAUGCUGAUGAGACGCGCGUGGAGGAGGAGAGGGCUGCCACAGGGCCGGCGGCGGGCAACGAGGGCAAAGUCUAGGGUUGGCCUAGUCUCAGUGCUCAGACUAGACCCCCCUGCAAUUGCAGGGUGGACCGGGCGCUCCAUGUACCUUUUAGCCACAUGGCUUUUCGGCCAUUCAAAUCGGCCGAAAAGAUCGCGCCCGUUCUAAUCUGUGGUAGUCUCAGUGCUCAGACUAGACCCCCCUGCGUUGCAGGGUGGACCGGGCGCUCCAUGUACCUUUCAGCCACACGGCUUUUCGACCAAUCAAAUUGGCCGAAAAGAUCGCGCCCGUUCUAGUCUGAGGACAUGUUGUCGAUUUUCGUCGCAAGCGACAGAAUUGCACAGUAUACGCACUGUGUAUACAUU